AUGGACGCAUGUAACGCCAUCUACCAUCAUUCUCCCAACCGACAACGGCCUGACCUGUCUGACGAGGUGGCCUACGCCGUGGACAUGUUUUUAUACGUGCUCCUGGCCAUCUCCACCGCCACGCUCCUAGUCAGUGUUUGCGUCUUGGGUUGGCAAUGGAUGAGAGAGUAUGACGGAGAACUAUUAGAUGAUGAAAUCGGUUACGGAGAGGAGGAGAGGCUAGUCCCCAAGGACUACGCAGACCCCGAGGGAUAUGGUGCGGUGGGCAUGCGCAUCACAAGUACGAGUCUCAUUCGCAAGGCAUGGACGACGGAUGGGACAGAAGUUGAUUAUCUGUCGGACUGA